AAAAAGGCCGAGGCAUCCUGGGAGGAGCAGGCAGACACCUCAGGCUCCGCAGGAGGGAAGCACAUUCUGAGUUAGGAGAAUCUGCACAGUGUGAAGCUCAAGAUGGUCCUGAGUGGGGCGCUGUGCUUCCGAAUGAAAGAUGCAGCUCUGAAGGUGCUUUACCUGCAUGAUGGCCAGCUUCUAGCAGGAGGGCUGCAUGCAGGGAAGGUCAUUAAAGGUGAGGAGAUCAGCGUUGUCCCCAGUCGUGCUCUGGAUGCCACAUUCUCUCCAGUCAUCCUGGGGGUCCAGGGGGGAAGGCAGUGCCUGUCGUGUGGGACGGGGCAGGAACCAGCUCUGACACUAGAGCCAGUAAACAUCAUGGAGCUCUACCUCGGUGCCAAGGAUUCCAAGAGCUUCACCUUCUACCGGCGGGACACAGGGCUCACCUCCAGCUUUGAGUCAGCUGCCUUCCCAGGCUGGUUCCUCUGCACUGUGCCUGAAGCGGACCAGCCUCUCCGGCUCACCCAGCUCCCGGAGAACGCCAGCUUAGGGGACCCCAUCACGGACUUCUAUUUCCAGCAGUGUGACUAGGGCACCUUGUCCCCUGGACUCCCUGGGCACAGGCAGCUUGGUGGGGUUGGCUGCGAGGAGACCCCAGGUGACCACCCCUGCUCUGCUCUCAGGAACCCCCUCUGAGUGGCUGGACACACGGCCCCUCUCCCUUCUCCUGGUUCCCAGUUUGGGUAAAUCUUUCUGAGAUUUGGGGUUUAGUCCACAGUCUCUUUCCCUGUUGGGUGGUGGUACUGGUAUGGAAGCUUGUAAAGACCAUGCAAGAUCCACCGGGAGUCACAAAUAAAGAUCCCGCAGGGUCAGGAUGUGGGGAGUGGUGGAAAUCCAUCAUGCUUCAUGGAAACUUAUCCAGUGCCUCUGAGCCCCACAGGCCAGCCUGUCCCCAUGUGAGCCUUUUAUGGCCACCAGCUGCCCACAUGAGGUCCCAUACUCACCACUGUGCAGGAGCGGGAGGGUGGCCGUAGGGUCAGGGAUCCAGCCACUCCCCCUUCCCUGCAGUUCGGCUGCCAUCCUGUGCUGCCUUUCCCACCUCUACCCUCGUGUUCCAGCCAUGGACAGGGGAGGGCGCUGGUGGUGCGCAGCUCAGACCCAAGGUGGGCAGAUCAUGUCCUACCUUUUGAAACUCCAGGUCCAUUAAAAUCCAAGAUGCUGGUGUCUACUCACAUGGAAAGAUGCUUGUGACAUAUUAAGUGUAAAAAGCAAGUUACAAAGUAGCAUACCUUGUAAUUCUGUUUCAAUUAGUUUUUAAAGAUGCCUAGCUAUGUAUUUUGGUGUAGGUGAAAGUCUGAGUUUGCUUCAGUUUUAGCAACAUCAGGGUUGUGGUGUUACUGGCGAUUUUUCUUUUUCUUUUUGUUAUUUGUAUUUUCUGAUCGUUUUACAAUGAGGACGGAUUGCUUAUGUAAUAGUAAGAAAAAUUAGUCUCGAGGUAAGCAAAGCAAACAUUAUCCCUGGUUGUCCUUGGCUUCCACUCCCCCAGAGAGAAAUUCAAGUUGAAUUGAGCUCCCUGCUGUGGUCAGCCGUGACGAAAAUCAGAGAGCAGAUGCUAGCAAAGCCAUGAAGAAGGAGGAUACGGUGGGGUAGAGUGGCUGGACUCCCCUGGGGAAGGAACUUACAGAAAGAAAAAUCCUGUACCUGGGGGUGUCACAGCCCCCUGAGAUUUCAAGGUGUGGGACUCAGCCUGUGAGGGGGGUGCUCUCGUGCUGGGUGAAUAGUGUUCCUCCCCAAACCAUGAGCUUCCAGGAACCUCAGCCUGUGCUGUGAUAUGGAGAUAGGGUCCUUGCAGAUGCAAUAAGGUCUGUUAAGAGGCCAUGCUGCGUUAGGGUUGACCCUAAAUCCAAAUGACUGGUGCCCUUAUUAGAAGUGAAGAGGACAGACACAGAGGGGACCCUGGGGAGAGGGCCAGGUGAGGUGGAGGAAAGGAUUGGAGGUGUACUGCCAUGAGGCUAGGAAUAGGAACACCAGGGAUGGAGGCAACCUUUGGGUGCCAGGAAGGGGCACAGAGGUGUUCUCUCCCAGAGCUUUGGGAGAGAGUAGGGCCUUCCAGCCUCCUGAGCUCAGAACAAAGUUCUGUUGUUUUAAACCACCAGGUUUGUGGUAACUGGGUACAGCAACCCUAAGAAAUUAAUGCAGCUGCCAAUGCUCCCCACCACACUUGGUAUCACACGUUGCAUGUGUCCCCUCCCACAUUGUACCAGUGGAAUGUAACCAAUAAAUCUGGCGGAAGUAAUGUUAUGCCACCUCUGAGAUUAGAUUAUAAAAGACGUGAUCUUGA